ACUUAAUACUCUUCAUUGUGCCAUGUGAAACCUCUCAUUCAGGGAGCUCAGGAGGAUGGAGGCCAGAGCUUUAGAAGAGGUGUCAAACUGUGCUGUGUGUCUCCAGGUGUACAAAGACCCUGUCACAUUGCCGUGCCAGCACAGCUUCUGCCUCAAGUGCAUCGAGGAUGUUUGGACCCAAGCAGUUGAUCAGGAUGGGUUCAGCUGCCCUCAGUGUCACAAGAAAUUCAACCCCAAGCCCAAUUUGGAGAGGGGUAUUCCCACUGUUACCUGUGAUUACUGCAUCGAGAGUCCGUCACCAGCUGCGAAGACCUGUCUGAAAUGUGAAACCUCCUUUUGUGCCUUGCAUUUGAAGCCACAUUUGACAAAAGAGAUCUUUAAUGAUCAUGUACUAGUCGACCCUGUGACUGACCUUAAUCACAGAAAGUGCCCAGACCAUCAGAAGAUUCUUGAGUUCUUCUGUACUGAUGACGAAGUCUGUGUGUGUUCUUCAUGUGGAGUAAUAGGCAGACAUAAAUCCCAUACAAUGGUGGGACUAGAUGAAAGAGAAGCUGAAAUGAAGGAAGAAUUGAAAAGUGAAGUUGAGAACCUUUGGAGACUUCAGCAGAAUUACUCCAUUAAACAGCAAGACUUGGAGAAAUCAGAAGCCGAAAUAAAGACACUCGUCAAUGAGCUGAAAGGAAGCCUGUCGAAGAAGUUCUCUGAAUCGAGCAAACAGUUGGAAGAAGAUGAAAAGGACGUACUGAAACUCAUCGAUCAGGAGGAGCGUCGGGUGCUCUCACAGAUUUGGAACUAUUCAGAUGCAUUAAACAAGGUGAUGGAGCACAUUACAUUAAUAGAAAAUGAAGCACGGGAUCUGAUGCAAGGAGACUCUCUCUACUCCAUUCAGAAUUCUAAGGAGCUCCUUUCCAGAGUUAUUGAGAUUCAGGAAGUCACAUAUCUAAUUACUCCAGAGCUCACCCUGAACCUGUCCAACGUAUCUCAACUUCUCAAAGAGAGGACAGAGAAAUCUAAAAAAUACUACCUGGCCGUAGAGGAAUUGAUAAGAAUGCAUGAAUGUAUGAAAUCAACAAGUAGGAAUGGACCAGCUGAUCCAUCGAGACUGCCCCGUGCACAGAACAACCAAGCAAGCCCACUCCUCACUCAGAGAGCUGUCAUCAAGAACUGUCGCCUAAUAGAAACCAGAUCCAAGUUCUCUACAAGACCAAUGUUAGCACGAAAGGUGGUUGCAGCCAGUCCAUGGGUUGGCAACCCGAAAGCUUAUGUAUUGAAAAGAUCAUUAAGAGAAUCAAAAGCGCAAUUUCCAUGGCUGACCCUGGAUCCAAAGACUGCCAACGGGCACUUGAUUCUGUCUGAUGACCUGCGAUCAGUGAUGCACAGAUAUCGGGAACAGCCCUACCCAAGAAACCCAAUGAGGUUUGAAACCCGCUCUCAAGUCCUCUGCGCCCAGAAUUUCUUCUGGGGGUGCCAUUCCUGGGACGUGGAAACCAGUGGCAACUGGUGGGAAAUAGGGAUUGCAUAUGGGAGCAUACCAAAGAGGGGCUGCGAUUCCGAUCUUCGCAAAACCACAAAAGCCUGGUGCUUGCAUUUCUGCAUUAGUACUUUGUCAGCCUAUCAUAAUAAAAAGUUUGUACACCUACCACUGAAACACUCCGCCAGCAGGGUCCGAGUUCAGUUGGAUUAUGAUGCAGGGACUGUGUCAUUUUUCCAGGUCACUGACACACUGACACAUUUGCAUACAUUUGAAACCACAUUUACUGGGCACGUGUAUCCUGCUUUUUGCUGUGAGGACAAAUCUGAGCUAAGGCUCUUAAAUUCCUUCUGAAUUUCUAAGAGUCUUUAAUAUCUUUUUUAAUAUUAAUUCUCCAUUCCUGGGUUUCACUGGUAAGGCCAGGAUUUAUUGCCCAUCCCUAGUUUCCUUUGCUAGUCCACUUUAGUGCGCAUAUAACAGUAAACUGCACUGAUGUGGUGCAGGGUUCACAUAUUGGUCAGGCUGGGUCAAACCUUCUCUAAAGACCAUUAGUGAACCAGUUUGGUCCCACAGCUUCCUGGUCACUUUUACUGCCACCAAAUUCUUUUUAAUUUCCAGAUUUUAAUUUUAAACCGAAUUCAGAUUCUCGAGUAUCAUGGUGAAAUUGGAACUCACGUUCUCAAAAUUAUUAGUCCAGGCCUCUGGGUUACUAAUUCCAUGUUAAGUAUUACACCAAUUCAGUCUGUAAACGGUUAAUGCUAAUUGGUUAAACUGCUGUCAAAAUGCAUGCCUUAUAACAAAAUGCAAUGUAAUCACUAUUGGGUACAUUAUGCUCAGGGAUUAAAAGGGUUAAAGGGGUGAAUAAUACUGAUACCUAUGUAGAUUCUCUCAUCUAUAAGGUAUUGAACUGUUAAAUAGCAAAAUAAAUGCUAAAUGGCUGGAUUUUAAAAAUGAUAUCAGGGGUGGGAGCACGGUUUGCUGUAACGAAUUGCAGAAAAAUAUGUUGAAAGGAAAAAUAGAAAUGGGAUUAGUAACUUCUAUUCAGAUCAGCAGAUAGAAAGUGAAGCUACCUGAGUACCAAGCAAACACACAAAAGCAACAAUGAUGUGAUGAUGAUCACUGGGUUGUCAUUUGCAAUCUAGCCCCUGAUGGCAGUCAUGACUCCUGUUAUUGGAUCCAUGUCCCUGGGCAUGUUGAAUUGCCUGGGGGCAAAUGCAUAGGUGAAAAAGCAGACAGGUUUGCACACUUUGCAAGGGAACCUUGGCCCCCAGAUGCAUUCAUUCAGAUUAAUGGGAUAUUCCGGUAGGAUCCCUACUGUCCCGGUAUUCCUCAAUGUGCUGCACUUAGGAGAUUCAAAAUCACCAUGUACAGAAAAAGGAAAAUCUGAAGCAUGGUCCCACCUGCUGAUAUCAGAAGAAAGCUGACGGGACUCAACCACCACCAACGUGAUGGACAUGUGGUGCUUAAUGGUAUUUUUAUUCUGGCCUUAAUGUGCACUCAGUAGAGUGAGUGUACCUGAAUUUUACUCCCAAUGACUCACAAUGAUCAACUUUUUAGUGGUAAUGAGAAUGACAGAGAACAUAUUAAUGUAUACAAUUUUGUUGUUUGAGUAAAGAUCCACAUUCCUAACAGCACAUCUUCACUUUUGCUUUUGAAGUUGUCCAUUUCUGAUUUAAUUACAUUUUCUGUUGAAUAAAGUGAGCAUAGAAUGCAGCGAUUAUGUGGGUUGUGUGCUCAAUUUUUUAAUAAAUAUCAUGUCGGCUGUGAUAAUGGUUUCUCACUCCACAUGUUACUCUUC